CUACUUUUCGAUUUCUAGAUCUUUUACUCAAAGUGAUGUCCUCAGAGCAUGUCAAGGUCUACACCGUAAAUGGUGCAACAGCAGGCUCCUCCUCCUCCCUCCCAGACUGGCUCACAAGAAAACGCACUGCCAAUUCCAAAAAACGCAAGUCACAAAAGGAGCACUACGAAGGAACAAUUGAGCUCAUCCAAGGCUUUGAAUUCCCUGAAGCAUCCAAUAAAGUCCGUACUACGAGAGAUGGAACACAUGUAGUUGCUACAGGGACAUAUAAGCCUCAGAUCAGAGUCUGGGAUCUCGACCAGCUGUCCUUAAAGUUUGAGAGGCACACAGAUACAGAGAAUGUGGAUUUCAUUGUGCAUGCUUUCGGAUGACUGGACAAAAUCAAUUCACCUCCAAAACGACCGCACGGUCGAACUGCACACUCAAGGCGGAUUUCAUUACCGAACUCGUAUCCCUCGAUUCGGACGCUCUCUAGCCUACCAUUUUCCUUCGUGUGAUGCUCUUUUCUCAGCUACAGGAAAUGAGGUUUAUCGUCUCAACCUCGAUCAAGGGAGGUUCAUGACUCCCCUGGUCCUGGAAGAUACAAGUGGGGAGGGAGAAAUAGCGGGAGUCAACUGUGUAGACAUUAAUCCUGCCCACCAAUUGUUUGCGUUUGGAGUGGAUGGAAAUGGGACGACUCAGUUUUGGGAUCCGAGGUCGAGGAAUUGCGUUGGCAUCUUGCGGUCGCGUGCUAACAAGCUGUCGGUACUCAACAACACCGCCUCUUCCUCACUCGGUGUGACAGCGAUAUCUUCUCGACCAGAUGGACUUUCGUACGCUAUCGGUACAUCAACGGGACAUACACUCUUAUACGAUAUCCGUGCCACGAAACCGUUCGCGGAGAAGGAUCAAGGAUAUGGGCUACCCGUCACGAGUUUAACUUGGAUUGAAGGCGGAAGUAAGAUGGCAGGGGACGGUAUGAUUUUGAGUGCCGACAAAAAGGUUAUCAAGAUUUGGGAUCGGGCGUCGCCUUCGACGAACUUUUGCUCAAUAACGCCAGCUAACGAUCUUAAUCACGUUAACCACAUCCCCGGCAGCGGCCUGCUGCUCACAGCGAAUGAAGGCAUCCAAAUGGCUACCUAUUUCGUCCCUCAACUCGGACCUGCACCGCGAUGGGCGAGUUUUCUGGAAAACAUCACCGAAGAAAUGGAGGAUGGUACUUCUAGAAACGUUUACGAAGAUUAUAAAUUCGUGGAGAGGACCGAACUUGCAAGACUCGGAUUAGACCAUCUCAUCGGAACUCCGGCAUUGAAGCCCUAUAUGCAUGGUUACUUCGUUUCAUUGAAGCUUUACGAUACCGCUCGUGUCAUUGCCAACCCCUUCGCCUAUGCUGAACACAGGGAGAAAGUGAUACGAGAGAAGAUGGAUAAACUGUCAGAGACACGUAUCAGGUCGAAGAAAGACAAUGCUGCUUCGGGUAUCAAGGUCAACAAAGCGUUGGCGGAAAAGAUUUUCAAGGAGGAAGAGAAAGCGAAGAGACGGGAGGAAAGGCAGCGACGAAAGGUGAAGGUGAAGGUGAAGGAAGACGGUGAAGAGGAGGAGGAAGACUCUAUGGCCAUUGACGAUGCCAAACCGGAAGACAACGCCGCUCAAUCUCUUCUCAACGACCCUCGAUUCUCCAAAGUCUUUGAAGACCCUGAAUUUGAGGUUGACGUCAACAGUAGAGAAUACGCGUUACUCAACCCUUCAACCGUUACCCAACGGAAUAACAGACACGAUCGUGGCAAGACGGCUGUUGAGGAUGAAGAAGACGAAAGUGAUAAGACAUCGUCCGAUGGGCUUGGAGAGAGUGGCAGCGAAAGCAAAAGUGAAAACAGCGAUGAGGAUAGUAGUGAUGCUGGUGAGCUGACCAAAUUCGAUCGACGCUCAAGACCCGGCCAGAAAAAUGUUCGUGCAGAAGAAGCGUACGCACGCACGAAACAGCAAAACCGGAAAGCAAACGUAAAGUUGGUUCCUAUGCGUGCACAAGCUGGUAGUACUACUGUCGGUGAUUCGAAAGAUGUUUCGUUUGGACAGCGUCGUGCGAAUAGUAGUGGUGCGCGUAGUUCAAAGAGGCAACAAGAGGAAUCAGGCGUGGAGAUGACUUGGAUACCGUCUUCCUCCUUCAAGACAUCGGAGAGCAUCAAUUCGAAGCAGAAAACAGGGAAGAUUGUGAGAAAGGGUGUUGAAACGUUCGGAGCUGGUAUGGAGAGAGGUGGGGAAGAGAAGCCGGUGACGGUUUCGGAAUCAGAUCGGAAGGGAAGAACACAUCGGCGACAAGGUGUGCGUAGUGGGAGUAAGAAUGUAUUUAGAAGGAUGUAGUUUAUGUAGACUGCAAAACUGUGGGACUUGGCUGACUGCAACUUGGAAUGUGUGGAUUGAUAACUGACCACGUCUACUCUAAUGUAUCUGAUUCUAGUGUAUAGAAUUCGUUUGGUAUCAUCAGACUUCGGACGUCGGGGUCUUGGGAAUGAAUACCAUUUGUCGUUGAACGUUGAACGUUGAACGCCCGAAGAAAGUGCCGCCUCAGUCUAAUGUUUGUCAGGCCCGAAGUUGGUUGUCCUGAAUUCCAGCACCCUCGUAUGUGGACAAUAUGGAUCCAACGUAUAAAAAGAGCCCCAACCGGAUGAGCUUCACUAUACUACACUAUGCCCACUGGCACCAGAAAACCCAACUCCAAAUAUCUCAUCAUCCUCGUCUCUGGUGUCACUGUCUACAUUGCUGCAUGGGUCGCCCACGUUCUUCUAUGUAGAAAGAGGCCACAACGUUCGCGGAUCCAUUCGAUCCCAGGCCAGUUACUUCAACUUGCCAUCUUCGAAAAGCUCUCAGAUUACCUUCGACGGAAAACUCGGUAAUCUUGAGUUUGUUGUUGUGGAAGAUGUCACGAAACUCGGCGUGUUCGAUGACGCUGUGGAAGGUGUGGACAAUGUGGCGCACUUUGCUGGUCCCUUCCACAUAAAAGCAGAUGAUCCAACGAGUUGCGGUGAAGGGGACUGCUAGGAUGCUGGAAAGGUGCGGAGAAGUAUAGGGAUGAGCUUAAGAGGGCCCUGGUCACAGCUUUCGUAUCGUAGUAUGCAAAUGGAGGACCAUAUCGGACCC